UUUGCCCUUUACUAAAAUAUCCUCGUCCUACCAAACAUUAUCCUAGCCAACUAGGUGAACACACAGCUAGUGAACCAAAACUAUCUUUUAGAAAAGAAGUUCUCCACUGUGAACUAGUUCAACUAAGCUUCACCAUGACUUGCCUCCACCUCCACUCUCCAUUGUUUCUCACUCAUGCAAAACUCAAACCGCAACAACAUCAUCAUAUAGAGAUGGAGCACACCACAAAACUUCUUUGGGGUGAACCAAGCAAAAAUGUUUCAUAUAGCAAGCACUUUUCUUCUGCAAGUUCAUUAAGGACCAAGGCAAUUCCACAUUUCAUUGUUGCUGCUGCUACUUCCCCGCCCAAACCCGGUGACCCGUCCACCUUUCUUCCAGUAAGUGCCCUGCUUCUAUCAGUAUACUUCAUAGCAAACUUCAUCGUGCCAGAUUUUCUUACUAAGUAUUUUGGAUUUGAUAAAGUAAAUGAAGACCAGAAGGUUGAUGAUGUAGAAGAUAAAUAGACAAGCACCUCUGAUAUGAAGGGGAAAAAAUUUCUAAAAAAUCAGUAAAAUGUGAGAAUGGUUGAGGAUGCUAUAGAACGACAAUUGUGUAAUUGUAUGAAUUUAUUUUUGUAUCUUUAGUUUGUAUUAAGAUUAUAAAAGUCAUUUGAGUUGUUUUAAA